AAUAUAAUCACUCGAAACACUACGUGUUGUAAGUUUUAACUGGUUUUAAAAUUUUAUGUAUUAUAUAAUUUUUCAUCAAAAAAGUGUGUGCAGACAUGUUGUCACCACCGACUGUCAUACAACUGUCUUAAAAUAAUAUAAACAAACAGUGGAAUAAUUUUGGUUCUUCUGGUGGGAAAGAAUUGAAAAAAAAAACAACAAUGUCUGAAAUCGCCCGAGUCGUCAAUGGCAAUUGUUUGGUCCGGUGACAAUAUUAUUAUUGGUUAAGAUGUGGAUGAACUAAUAAUUAGUUACCAUGGAUAAAGAUACAACUCUUAUUUACGAUAAGGUCCAUCGUAUGGAGGCCGAUUCUCCAUGGAACUUGACCGGUAGACCUUUGGACGAUAUUAAAGUGGACAGCAAUUUUGCCUGGUUGCUGUUUUCGCUUAUAUUAGGAAUGGUGUGGGUGAUAUACAUCACUUAUUACCAUUCUAGGGUAACGGCAUACGUCGUCACUAGAUUAUUAACCAGAUUCUAUGUUACCAAAGGCUAUCUCAGCAUAGGAUCGUUCACUGUUUGCGCUCUAUCGGGUAAAAUAAUGUUUAGAGAUAUUAUUUAUAUCACUGAAGAUUAUACGAUUAGAGUCCAAGAUGGUUGGUUAAUAUUCCGUUGGUGGCGAUCGUAUGUCCCCAAAGAUGUGUCCGAAGAUUUGUCACAUUCUGAUACGAGGCUGUCUGUUAUGUUAAAUGGGUUUGAAAUGCAUGUAUAUAACCGUUGUAAAAUGUACAGUAAUCUAGAAAAAAUGUUUAAUCUCGAUCCGUCAAUUAUACCGUGGGAUGACCUAAGCACUAAAGAAGAAGAAGCGAAAAAAAGUAAAGACAAACAACAAGAAGCGGUGCUCGGUAAAAGUUGGAGGGAUCUUAUACCUGUGAUAAAAAUGGAGGUUUCGUCAGGCCGAGUCGUGUUCGGAAACCGUCUCAUACCUACUACACUACUAGUCAAUGUUGAAGAAGCGCAUUUUGUGUAUUCCACUAAGCCAGCGGCUUCUAAGCUGGAUCAUUUUAUGCACUUUGUCAAAUGUAAAGCUGAAAAUUUUAAAGUGAUAUUAGCACCUAGUCCUAAGUACACCGGCAUGGCAGACGACCCACCCCGAUAUAUGGGAGCUGGUUUUGUUGUGUUUUCUUCAAAUAAUAUAGAACUUUAUUAUUAUAUGGAUGAACCAGGUCUUGUACCCGAAGAGCCAGAAAUGUUGCAACUGGCUAACGGAGAUAUUGUAGAAUCAAAACCACCUAUUUGGGGAAUAGAUAUAAAAUGCGGUAAAGGGACAGAUUUCAGUUACGGCCCUUGGGCAGACAGACAAAGGGAACAUUUGUUCAAAUUGUUCUUUCCUCAAGAUUAUCAGCCACUCAAAGUCAGUGAACCGCCUGUGCCCGGUGAAAAACGCCGUGUCCAAGCAUUCGAUAUUCGACUAAAUACUCUUUACGAAUCGACAAUUGACAUCUUGUUUUCUAAAAACAGAGAAACAAACGCAAUCCACAUCAACGUUGGUCCUGGCUCGUACAUGGAAAUAACAUUACCGUGGCUGGUGUCGCACGACGGUUAUACUACCAAAAUCACUGGACAGCUUCUUCAUUUGGAGGCUACCACCAGUUUACAAUUUCGAAGUCUGUUGGAAAGCGAAACGUUAGAGUUUACAGCUCAUUGUCACUAUCCAAUUCAAUGGAACGAUCAUCAAGAGUGGUUGUUUAACUUGACCGGCUGUAAAGCUACUGGGUGGUUUACUUACGCUCAUAAAGGUUUCUUCCAAGAAAUGAUUAACGAUUGGGCCAGCAAGAGCAGACCGGACAUAUUACAUUUUGUGCCUUACACUUGGAAAUUUACAAUCCUUUUCAAAGAUUUCGAACUGAUAACUAUUAGUAAUGAAUAUAACUGGAUUGAUUGCUCGUCACAAAAUCAAGAAAACGCUCUUAUUGCGGUCAGUGGCGACCUAUUUGAUUUUUCAUUCGAUCUUCCGUUUACGGAAUUCUUACCCGAGACUUUACCUCUUCGAUUUUGGAUACAAGGAGAAAGUAUAGAUCUGUCUAUGUACUUGCCCGAAGUGUACACUAGCCGAAGCGUUUUGUUAUCGUUGAAUAAAAACGCUAAGAUUCUUGGACGCGACGGCAAAAUCUACAAAUCAAAAUUGAACGACAAUGGUCGAAAAUGGAAAAAUGUUUGUCAAAAAAGCCUCGGUUGGGUCGAUUGUUGGACAAUGCCGAUUGUAGCCCUGUCGAUUAAUUUUAUUUAUCACCCUAUGCCGAUGUAUGGGCCACCUCCGCAAGCAAAUAUCACUACACCGGAGAAAGAAGAAAAACUAUUGUCUCCAAUGCGAAUGCAACAUCAUAAAGCACAAAAUGUUUCCAUUCAUUGGACUCGAGACGACGGACAGAAAUUCGAUCCGACCACUUUACCAUCGGACAAAGUCAGUUUAGAAUUAGAGAUUGGAUCUUCAGUUAUGUUUUUGUACGGGUCUUGGCUAAGGCAUUUCUUUCAUCUAAAAGAAAGUAUUUUUGGCGAGGAUCAGAUAUUUACCGACAUGAAUGAUAAGUUGAAUCCUAAAAGCUCGACCGCAGAUAAAACUGCUGACCCGGAAAACGGUAGUCAUUCCGAUACAAAGACAAUUCAAGUAGAUCCACGAGAAUAUAGACCGUUAGAUGUAGUUAUUUCAAUCACUAUGCACGAUCUGCAAGCUCAUCUCAUAAAGAACUGUAACGAUAACGAUCCACCGUGUCCUGUCAUCAUGAUAGAACGUUUCGGCUUGGAAAUGAAAAAAGGUUACAAAGACACACAGUUGCAACUUUUAUUAUCGCCUAGUCUCCUGAUAUCUAGUGAUAAAUUGAGUAGUAGAUCGUUGAAAGAUCAUCAUUUAAAUCAAGGGCAUUUAAUGCUUUCCGCUUUACAAAUAAGAGGCCAUGCUAUGUUCAGUGAUGCUGAAAGAAAUCUCAAUCAAGAUACACUGGAGUACGCUUGGUUGUUAGAAAUACAGUUGGGAAAACUCAGCGGAAAAGUCACUGCUCCACAAUUAUUUCACGUCGUAACCGGCCUGGAAACUUUGUUUUUACUGAUGUUCGACGCGGAGAAUCAGCUCCGACCAGCUCAUAUGCCACUGGAAUGUCAUCACGGGUCACCUCCAUCGACUUGCCCACAUAACGAUCCUCAAGUUCAAUAUCGGUGUCCAACUGCCGACGAAAUCAAGUAUCGGAUGACUCGUGUGGCAGUCGAUGCUGUAGACAUAUAUUUGGUUGAAUCGACUACGGCUAUUAACUUUUGGGCUUCUCCGUUAAGACUUGCUCACUGUAACUUGCACAGUAACCAUUUGAAGUCCGGUAUUACGCUGGUUAUUCCGGCCGUAAAGCUUAAGCAGUUCAUAUUCGUUGGCGUACAAAACACUUCUGGCGUCAACAGCAAUACGAAUACUACUGGAAGUAAUCGUUCUCAACAUCGUAAUACUAGUGGUUAUUUUUCCGAUAACCAAGAUAUGUGGCUAGAAAUUGGAUCGGCAUCGUUAGGUCCUUUUAUAUUGGAACUCGCAUCUUCGUUAUCCGAUUCCGACAAAAACCUUCAUCUUGUUCAACACAAGUACUUAAAGCUCCACGAUGAAAAUUAUAAAAGACUUUGGUUUUUGUGGCCGAGUGAUAGUCGCUGUCUCGUCACCGGCAAGUGUGGUUGUGUUGGCGGAUGUGCCUUUUUCGGUCGCAAUAAAAACGGUCAGAGAUUUUUCAAACCUUCGAAAAACGAUAUUCAAGACGGUGUCAAUAUAGCUGCAUUCAGAAUCAACGAAAAUGGAAAAGAUCCUGGAUUUGGACAGAGUAUUUUACAUGAGUGUCAGUUGAUAUUCCAUACUCCUCCAUAUAACGUUGGCAGUGGGGUUAUAAUUCAUGACAAUCCAGUUCCUCAGUGGCCAAACAACAGGAAAGCAAACAAGAUAAACCACGAUCAGCCUGAAGGGAUAAAAGGCAGUCCCAUUACUCCUUCAAGUGCACCAUACAUUAUAGAUAGUGGGGAUAUACCGUCUCCGUUGCCUACCCACCCGUUAUCUAGACGUUUUUCGUAUUCGUCUACGGCCAGCAGACUGAACGGAGUACAAACUAUUAGUCGAGAAGUGCCGUACUCGCGUCUUAUCGAUGCCAGCCCGACCCCAACACUACCGCUGGACACACGACCACAAUCACCACCUCACAAGUUCAAUACUAAUAGGUCCAUAUUGAGCGUACCCGAAAAUACAUUGUCCAUCGAUAACGGGGCUUGUCCAAAAUAUAGUGUAUCCGAUUCUAGAUUGGCCGUUGAUUAUUUUAACUCGACAGCCUUACAGUAUAGCGCAUUAGUGUCGAGUUCCCAAACGAAUUCAGUAGCCGCCGCGUGCAAUGUGGAAUCUGCAAAUUCAUUGAAUUUGAAUAGUCUCAAACAUCCGUAUUCACGGACAAUUUCAAUUACCAGCGAUAAUCCGUCCGAAGUGUUUUUUUCAGCCGAAGAAGAUCUCACCCUGGCUUCUAGCCAAAAAAGUAACGAUCAUUUUCAAUUGGGUUCAGCGAGAUGUUCUUCGUUAAGAAGUUCGUUGAACAGUGGACUAAUUUACAAUGAAUUGUUAAACAAGAAUCAUUUUGGAAGCGAAACUACCAUUGUUUCGAGUAGUCCGGCUACGCGUACUCAAAGUGACAAUUCUUCUGAAGUUCAGGAUUAUACUUCAAUAAACCUUGAACCUAUAGAUUGUGAUACAGCUGACGACGAAAAAACCCUACUAGCCGUGGACAUAAAUAGAGAUGCGCACACAGAGAUUCACAGCUCACUUCUAAAGAAUAAACACCGUUUAAUUGAAAACGAAUUGGACGGUGGAAUUGUCGAUUCGUCAGACUCUCGUUCAAUAUCUAGCACGUCGUUUAUGUCGGCUGUUUCAUCGCAAGAAGACUUGGCGCUUGUCAACUUGCAUAUGCACAUAAACAAGCCGAUUGUAGAUUCUCCAUUAUUACUUUCGACGUACACUAAUCAUUUAUCACAAACGUCGUGUAGUAAUUGGUCUCAAACGUCUUUGCCGGCCGGAUCCGAUGUAUUUACAGUUCCAAUUUAUCAACGUACAGUCGAUGAUCGUCUUGUAUUUAUUAGUAGCCGAUAUUUGCCUAAAUUUGAAACGAUAAACGAGGGCUUUACGAGUUUAAAAAUGGUACCAAGAGCCGAAGCCAAAGAAAGAGAGUCUAGUCCACUUGCGGCUCAACCGCAAAGUUCUAGGAAAUACCCUUGGGAUCAGUCGCAAUUUGACUUCACUCAAAACGCUAAGGAAGCUUUUGAAAUCGAUUGUGAAGAAGAAAUGUUAUCGUUGCGUAGUGAGACUGGUACUCGUACAACGGUUGUAGUCAAGCUCAAAGGAGACAUAGACUUAAUGAUCACACCGUUGGCGUUGGAGUCACUUCAAAAAUUCGUCGACAGUUUAACACCGACAUUUAGUAACCUUCAUCCGCUUUCCGUUUUAAACCACUUGCAUUCGAGUUGUAUAAGUCGAGUCGAAGCGGCAAAUAUAUUAAAACGUGACAAAUAUUUAAGUCAAAUGCAAGGCGGAGGUAGCAAAAGAAGUACAGUAGAAAGAGUGAAACCAAAUACUAGUAAGGAUGCUCAGCCCGCCGACCUACAUCAGCCAAAUCGAGUGUACGAAGAGUUCAUAGCGUCUCAAGUGCAAGGGACUGUAGUUCUACCAAAAAUCAAUAUUUGUGUACUACAAGCUUCAAUUGUCGAAGAAGUUAUAUCUUUCUCUGCUUUGGAUAAUAUCAGAGAUUUGACGUGCGUGUCUUUGAUGGCCAUAUGCUUGGAAGAGCUCACUACUAAGUUUCAUUUCAGUAAACAGGCUAGAGAAAUCGUCCAAACGUAUCAUCCACCGGUAGUAGCGCCGAGUGGCCAGAAAAAAGGUGUAUUGAGUAGAGCGGCCGGCAAAGCUUUUUUGCUCGGUUUAAAUAUUACCUCCGAAGUUGAUCCGGAGAGCACUCACGGAGAACCUGUCUACAUCGAAACAUCCGAAAAACAACAAGAAGAGACUGUCAUCACAUUACACAUAAACAGAGCACAUGCCCAAUUGCGCAGAUUGCACAACGAAUGUUCAAUACUGAAAGACGCCAUAAUAACUGCAAUACCUAGUCAUUGUUCCAAAGUGAUGUUUAAAACUUGCUCUAAAACGACGAAAUCGUCGUCAGAGUUACAAAACAACAUGAAUGCCGAUUGUGAUGAAAUGGCUUUUACGAAUAUUUCCGAUGAAAAAAUGGGUUUCAUCAUGAUGGAAUGUGGUUUCGAAGGAAUCUCAUUUAAGGUCGUCAAACGGUCUAACUUUGAAAAAGAAAACGAUAGGGAGAUCAGAGACGUGCCAACACCUUCACCAAUACCCGAAUCGCUCGGUGGUAAAAUAUCACAUUCGGAAAGUCGACCGAAAACCGAAGAUAACGUAGAAACUAAAAAUGUUACCAAUUCUAGCAAACAAGAUUUGGGUGUUUCUACGCCUACAGCUACUCCUAAGCAAGUAAAAACUCCUUCGGAAACAAAUAUCAACAACGAAGAACAGCUAAUUGAAAAUACAAUUGCAAAACUGGAAAUCGAUAAAAACGCCUCUUCGUGCGUUAUGGAAGUAUGUCAAGUUUGGUUUAACUUUGCGGCUCCCCCGUUGACUCCGAUUACCCGCAAAAUUGAUUAUACAAGACACGAUUGGAAUUUAUUAAGCACAGCGUCGCCAGCUAUUAACGCUUGGAUGAAUCCCAGUAAUCGUUUUGCAAUGCGUGUUGUGCACAUGUUACGAACAAGAUAUCGUCGGUGUACCGCCGUCGUGACUUGUUUAAUGGCCGAAGCACUUGACAUACAAAGUCUUCAUAUACCGCUCAAGAGCCGAUAUAGACAUACGACUCCACUUGCCAAGACGCUUCAAGAAGACCCUUCGUGCCAACUGUGUAAUAUUUUGCAAAAAUAUCUCUUUCAAAGCGACGUGGCAAUUGAUGCCUAUCUAAAAGAUCCUUUCUUGCCAAAUUUGUCGAUUUUAAGACAAGGUGUAAUUGUACUGAGCCGACAAUGGAAAAAUAUCCUGUACACUCCUUUGUUGCUCGAGCACAAUUUUAAAAGUCGACAUCACAAUUUAAAACCUCUGAAUGUGACAUUUGCCGUUUCGGACCCUGAAGAGGAUGGGGAGGCUUCAGGGGAAGAAGGCGGCGAAGGCAUAACAGACGAGUGUGCUAUGUUGCUGACCAGCGAACGUCAUUCGCACGUAUCUACGUUGCAAAGGGUUCUCAAAUCACAUACGAGCAAAUGUGGGUCUAAAAGCAAUUACGGCAACGAGCCUCCUCAUUACUACGAUCCGUUUUCUCCGACGAGCAUGGCAGAUCAACCGAUGGAUAGCAGCAACGUUGUGAGCUCGCACGCAUCGUCCUGUGAUCAACCGAAGAACUGUAAAUCGCUGAUGCCCACCCAGAUGCCUGUUUCGUCUAGAGCCAGUGUAAUGUUUCCGAUACUGGACGAUACCGUGCCGAAAACAUACAAAAACAUAGCCGAAGGCCUGUUGGGCGAAACCGCUUAUCAGUCUGCCGUAGAAGGAGAUAACUCAAUGGGCAGCGUAGAAAAAGUCAACUUUUCCCCGCAAAAAUCAGACCGAAACGAAGAUCUUUACACGUGGAUGGCUAAACAAGAGUUUGUCAAUCACGAUGCCCGAGUUCCUAGCAGUAGACUUGCCAAAGCAAAAAAACUCAGGAGUUGGAAAUUGCGGAAAAGACCUUUGUGGGGUUCAGAGUUGAAAACUGCCCCAACUGCAUCCGAAAAUCAAUCUUCAGCCGAAUUAGGCGAUUCCGAUUCGAUGCGAUACAAUAUUUUUCCUAAGUAUAAUUCUUUACGUCUUCUGGACGCUCAUCUUAUUUUCGAGCCGUUAUUGUCCAGUCUAGGAGUUAUGCCGCAACAAAUGGUCAAUACCAGUUCAAGUAAUAACGGCAUGGCUGCUCUCGAUUCAUGGGGAUCCAACUUGUCUCUUGUCGGUAGUCUAGAAACUAUGCGGAUAGAUAUUGUCGUUAGCGAGUAUGGAAAACUUCCCGAGACAGUAAAGAAAUCUAAACUUUUUAAAAAUAAGUCUAAGAAAGAAACCCCUUGGUUGGAUUUAUUGCCCGAAGUGCCUGCGUUUGUAUGCGACCGAGUCAGUAUUGAAUGCGAUGUCCAACGGUCUGCAGAUAUGACGGUCGUAGACGAUAUUAGACGACAGAAGCGCAACAUGUUGUACUUAUCCAGAGGUCAAUUGAAAAAACAUUCUAACACUUCUUUUAAUAUAUCCGUUUCAGUUAGAUAUAUAUCUCAGCAGGUUAACAUGCCAUUGCUGCGACUUCUCAAUCAAAUCACUAACAUGUAUCAGAACGUGAAAGAUACGCAAACGGAACUUCGCGAACAACAGCCGCAACCAUAUGUAUCGCGCUCGAGUGCAAAGCACUCGGCCUCUCAGUCUGAUCAAUCGGAGGUGAUACCCUUGUCGACACCUUUAUUGGCUAAACGUUUCCUACCACGUUCGGCUAGCGAAACAAAGCCAAUUAUCGUUUCACCGUCGCCGUCGAUACGUUCUAAACAUCAAACGUUGGCUCAAAAGUUAAGAUCCACCGGUAAAAGUGUCAAGGGUUACAUGAAUUUAAAUGAAACGCCAGGAGCAGCCAUUGAGUGUCUGACACCGAGUUUGUCCGAGUUUGAACGCGUCACUCCUAUGAAGCCUAUCGAUGAAGUCGAUUCGGAUAUGAUUUCGUGGACGCCGAAAUGUUGGAAGACUGUUUACCAUUUGUUGGAAUUGUACGCCACUAUGCCCGAGACGAAAACGGUGACGCAGAGAAUUUCCCUAGGUGUCGAUACGUCUGAAGCGGCGGUCAAGGGUGCACGCAGCAAAUUUGAUGUGUUACCAGAAGCCAAGUCCAACGAAGAAAUCGAUAAAGACGGAUCGUCCGGCACUCCGGUGCCUACCGUUUCACAAACUAACAUGAAAGUGGCAAAAGAAGAGCGCACGAGACUCAUGGUAUUUGUGGUGGUGCGAAUUCACCGGACAAAACUUUUGGCCACUUUAAGCGGUCUAAAACUGGAAGCGGAAAUCACCAACUUACACACGAGUUCGACGUUCCGCAAGAAAACGCGACCGCCGAGCUUGGAGUGUUCGCUGACCGGUCACGUGGGACGUACGAUGAUCGUUUUGCUGGAAGGCGUUGCGCCCAACCAGCAGACGGUGGUCAAGGUGACCGUGGGCAAAUCGCAAACGCUGUACUCGAGCAUGAGUCGACGGACAAAAGACCAAAACUCCGGUUUGCUCACCAUCGGCGUUGUCAGCAUCGAUAUUCCUCAGCAUCCGGUCGCCCUCCACGGUAUGAUGACCAGAGGUAGCAAACAGCUGUCUUCCACGCUGCAAGAACUUCGAGUGGCUCGCGCUUCCAGUCGAAUGGGCCGUGCACCGACCAUCGACGAGAGCGACGUGCAAAGUACGGUCGGCCCCGCUCAACAGAGUCCGAUGGUGCAAAGAGUACAAAAAGACGAAGUGAAUAAAACCUCUGUUGCCGAAUCCAACUUACUACUCCAGCCGCUCGUCAUGCAUUUUACCGCCGUCAUUCAGUGCUUGACUGUUACUGCUGCUCUAUUGCCGUCCUUGAGAGCUCAAUACAAAAUGGAUCAAGUCACCAGUACGGGGUACACGGGAAAUAAAGCGAAAUUCAUCGUCGAUUUGCCUCAACACACGUUAUCGUUUUCGACCAAACUACAAGUGACCGAGACUAACUUGCCAUCCGAGGCCAGUUUAGAACUUCCUAAAGUGCACGUAUCGGCGGAAUAUAUACUCGACGGCGGAUUGAAAACUGGAGAAAAUCAGUUUUCAGGAACAGACGGCGCAGUUUUACGACAAGGAAACUAUUUGAGUGCUGUGGCCGACAUUGGAGUGUUUGAACAAUCGCUUACAACUGACUUAUUAAACCAUUUAGUUUUUGUUCAAAAAGUAUUCAUGAAAGAAGUAAAUGAAGUAGUUCAAAAAGUAUAUGGCGGGGAAAAGCCCGUACCCAUUUGGUUAGAAGAGACCGAUGCCGAUCGAUCUGCGCCAGUAAAGAGGAUAUUGUUUUCGUUGACCGUUAAAAUGAGACGCAUUGAACUUACUGCGACAACUCCAACGAAUUGUGCAGUUCGUCUGGAAACGGGUUCUGCUGAUUUCCAAUUGUCCAAUAGAGUUCAAAACGUAUCGGGUUCGUCUUAUCAAACAUCAGAGCAAGUAAAAAUUUUCGUUAAAGCACACAUCGACGUUAACUUGUCCCUCGGUCAAGUCAUAAGGAAUCCUCUGUUCGAAGAAGCCGAUCCCGAAUUUCAGAGUUUUGCUUUUUUCAAGACUAGAAUAGAGCUACGAAAUGCAUUUCAAGGAGAAAUGGUCGGGGAAGGAGAGGACAAAGAAGUUAUACUAAUUACUUUGAGGAGGCCGUUGAUAUACAUCCAACCGAUGGCCGUGGACAAAGCAAUAUUGGUGUGGUUAAACUACAAAAAUGCAUACGAGUAUUGGAACGAGCAACGAGCGAGUUUAAACAAAGAAGUUUUGACGGCCACACAACCGUCAUCAGAAAAAUUGCCUACCGACAAAAUACCGGUGUCUCCAAAUUUAGGGACCAUUUUCUUACAGCUGACCGUCGAAGACAUGGGUAUUUGUGUACCUCUGAAUCCUUUACCUCAGACUACUUGGGGUUUGAACCGUUCGAUUUUCAUGGAUUUUGAGUCGUGCUCGGCCGUAGUGAUUACGUUGGAAUCGACAAGUAUAUCGGCAUGCAGUUCUGGAUCGUUAGUCAGCAAAGGUCGUUUUAUCGGCUUGUGUUUGAGGUUUGCCGAUGAUUUUGAUUCGUCGCUCGACGAUUGGAAACCAGACAUAACCAAUGAACUCGUUUCGGCUGCCAUGAAUCUUUGUAUAGUGUCCGAAGGAACGUACGAAGUGUGUAGCCGUACGACAUCUCAAAAGUUAGAUUCUGUCACCGAAAACGCCAAAUGGUUCUUGAACGUCAAAUGGCAAAUGGAAGGUGUCGACAUGCAUUUAGACGUCAACAUUGGAAAACAGCUCAGCGCUUUGGGACAUACGUUAACAGCACUGACAGGAGUUCAAGAUACGGACGAUCCUUUGUCGGACAGUGAUCCUAUAUCGCAAGACAGCGACGUCGUUCGACACAAAUCGAACAUGGAGGGCGACAUAUUGGAAUCUUUGGCCAUAGACUCCAAUAUGAACGCUAAAACCAGAUCAAAGAUCAUAGAAAAAGAGAUGUACGAACAAGCGAAAGCGAUAAACGAUUUGAGAUCACUGGGAGCUUCACAAGCUACGAUUGAACACGAAGUCAAACGGUUGCGCGAAUUGGAAGCCAUGGUUUUUAAAGGGUUUAGAAGAGAUAUGAUACAGAAGCUUAGAAGACAAAGUGUAAAAGGCAAAUCCAGUUUAAAAGGCAAAUUUGGCUUGAGCAACAAGAGUUCUACGUAUAGAUCGAAAUCGUUUAUCGUUUCACCCUCUCAAGAACUAGCAGAGUUUAAAGACGCUCAAAGUCCUGAGGAAGGUAUAAGUUUGAGUAGUGUAGAAAAUUCUCCUCAAGCUGCUGGACCACAGCGUUCGACUUCGUUUAGAGGAACGCACCCUUCUCACGUGACGUUCAGUAAUACUAAGGAAAUAUUUCGACAAAGUUCUUUGCCGAGUGCCAGUUCAGAACAAAGUCUCGCCACAGAAGGCGACGACAGUUGGCCUAAUGCCGAUUUCGGCAAACAAUGUGAUUCUAGAGAUGACUUCUUGUUAAACCCGUUGUUUUUAUCGGGUGCGACACAAAAAUCUCAAGAACCCAACAUUGAUUUUGAACUGGACGUUAAAGUGUUCAUCAACAGCGGCAAGUGUGUUUUACACACUAAGGAUUCCGUCAAGGAAGAUGAAAUCAAAAUAAUGUCAAGAAUGAAAAAAGAACGCAGUUGUUCUGGCGGUGUGUUUGAAUACAUGCCUCCGGGCAGUCCAAAUUUGCCCAGGCGUUCCUACAAAGACAAACUCGGAGCAAACAGCACUUCCAGUUCUCGGUUGAGACACCAUCAGACCGUGACGAACACUUUGUCUCAGCUGUCCGAAUUGACGAUAUUCCACAUACCCGGUCUGGACUUCAAGGUGCACUAUCAGUCGAAAAUGGUGGCCGACGAGAGUCAAUCUCUCAUGUAUUCGAUCGACUCGAGUGGCGUCAUCAGCAGAAAGACGAGCACCAAAAAGGCCAGUCUCUAUUGUUGGGCUACGCUGCAAAGUAUACCCGAAGAAACCAUCAUCUCGCCACACAUACUCGAGUUCUUGGAGCAGACGCUUGCACCGAUUCCGGCCCAACAGUUUGCCGAAACAGGCACCUUUGAUACCAUGUUUAACAUAGACAAAGACGACGACCUGUUUGCGCCUUACCUGACUCCCGGCCAGUACGCAUACACCUCGUUCCCAGUGGACGUGAUUGUAUUUCUUCACGUGCAAACGUCGACGUUCCGAUUUUCUUGUUUGCCCGUUUCUCGUGUGGAAUGUAUGCUCAAGUUACCUUCGUUGGAUAUCGUAUUCUCUUCCAAAAGAACCGACCCGACAAACGAUCUCGAAGAUUGUUACGAAGAACCCAAUAAUUUACCGGUGGCCGUUGGCGGUUUAAGUAUUACCGGUGUGAUGGCAGACUUUUCAAUGUACAUUUUCCAUCCGUACGGCGGCAAGAAAUCCACCGCCAACCUUAAAGAGCCACACGCCCACUCUUGGUCGCCACUGGCCGAUGGCGAACGCAAGGAUUCGCUGAGUGUCAACGUUGAAUUUGUUAAGUUCCAUUUGUCAAGAAGCAGGAAAUUGAAUUUCGAGUCCAUGCCGGGAUCCAAGACGAUGUCGGACCAGAGUCACGCUACUAUUCGAUUUUCUACUAUUGUCGAUAUCGGAUCGGCUUCGUUUAAGUACGACAUGCGACGUUUAACAGAAAUUCUAGCAUUUCCACGGGCCUGGUAUAGACGUAGCAUUGUACGCAGGCUGUUUCUCGGUGACCUCACGAGAACCGUUCCGAGCAGUGUUUACAGUGACCAUAGCUUAGAUCCCGAAGAAACGUUUGGAAACUUUGCUACCGAUCCUAAAUCCAAACCCAGUCGUGACAAACUCCAUCUAAACAUCAAAACGAGUGACAAACAACUACCGUCGGACAAGAAAAGACACGGUUCCAGUGUGGACUCUAGUCCUGAUCAGAAAUCGAGUAGUGCCGGGGCAGCUGCGUGGGAGACUUUAGUGCUUUUCGCCGUCAACUUCAAACGACUCAACGUGCACAUGAAUAUGGGAAACGUCAUGGGCAACGUUACUUGGCUUUCGAAGCAGUUUCAUUCCGAAGGUCGAUUGUCCAUCGGCAGUACGGGCCACAAAAACUUGCAUAUAGGUUUGGGACUUGGUGGUUCCGGACUGGACGCCAAAGGCGGUAUCGUUGGCGGAACGAUAGAGUUGAACAAAAUCAACACUUACGUAUUGAUAAGAGAAGAUCCCGGAUCGGAACCGCGACACACGGUGGGCUUGAAAUUGUCCGCACUCGAGUUGCGUUUGGAUUACAUGGGAACGGCCGUGCUCAUGUCCCGCGUGAGUUUGCUCGAAGUGGUUUUGAAAGACGAAUGGAAGGUACUGUCCAGGGGCAUUUCAUCGUCGGACGGCCUUCACGAGUCUGGCAAACGACCGGGCAUCGUUUUCAUGCACGGAGACCUGGGAUGGGAUCAACUGCAGCUGAUGAUAUCGAAAAGCACGUCGUCGGACAUCAUGAAAAUGUAUUACAAGCUGGAAGAGUUUUUCUCGCAGCAAUUCAAGUCCAGCAAACGGGUGUUCUCGAGUCUACAAGAUCCUAGGGAUUCUAUCGGCAGCGAAAAGAGUUCUAACAAAAAGAAAUCAGCAAGACGGCGUGUGCUGAUUUCCACGUCGAGUCCAGAAAACUUUAGUCCGGACGAAUGUAAACACCAUCAUCGACAUUGGCAACGAGCUUUGGAAGCCGUGUCUGGUCUACGAUUGUCCACAUUGAAAUAUCCGUUACCUCAUUGGGGCACUGUUUUGGGCGGUAAAAUGGACUUGCACGGUGUCAACAUUUCUCUGGCGUGUUUCCACGGUAUAAACUUCAAGUCCAAGUCGUGGGCUCUGUUCUCGCUCAAAGAACCUUGUAUAUCGUUUGCCACUGAAGCUCAUGAAGUAUUCUCCUUUGGCGGUUCUGGGCCGUUGAGCAGAGAUGACUUGGACAUACACAUUGUGCAAAGUUUGACGUUUGGUCUUGGCAUGGAAGGCACCGUAAGACCGCAACACAGUAUGGCAACCGUGUGUAAGUUUAGUCGGAACAUUUUGUUCCCGCCUCAGUUCAAAACGAUUCAAGAAUGGUUUAACUAUGCUUUUGGAAUGAGUGAUCUCGACGAAGUGGAUCGGUUCCCGAGCUUGGAACGUGAGAAACACGAAACGACCGAGUCGGCGCCACGUCCAAAGACACCUAAGCCGCAAGAGAACCUCUCCCAUACCCGAGAAAUCAUAUUCGCACUGCCUACCUUACAAUUAAAUCUCAAGACUGAUCACACACAACCGGUUAAGCUGCCUUCGCCUUGCGAUAUCAAACCAACGGUGGAGUGCAGUUUCAUCACGGAGUUCGAGGACCACAUAUUCGUCACGGUGGACGCCGAAGCGUUUUUCUUCUUACACGAUCUCAUCACGUCCUAUAUUUGGGAAAAAGAUAAAGUCUCUUCAAUGGCAAACAGACCUCAAAGUCCGGGUGUGCCUAGCGCUAGCAGAGUUCCACCGUCGCCUACAGAAAUGACUCAGCCGUUCACCAACGACUGGAGAGACUACAAUUGUACGACUUGGCAUCUGGAACCGACCGUCAGACUGCUGUCUUGGGGUGGAAAAAGCAUUGAACCGUACGGGGUGGAUUACAUAUUGCAAAAACUCGGUUUUUCACACGCCAGGACGACCAUUCCCAAGUGGAUGCAAAGAGGGUUCAUGGACCCGCUGGACAAAGUGUUAUCCGUGCUCAUGUUACGAAUGGUAGUGUUGGCCCGAGAAGAGGACGCCGUCCGACGCGGUGAUACCGCGUAAAACAACGAUUACAUUCUUAUUUCUUUACCAUAUAUUUAUAAGAAUUUUAUUUUUACAAUUUCCAAGUGUGAUUCUACUUAAACCUGCCGACUUGUUCCAUUUUAUAUUAUUAUUAUUAUUAUUACGGCAGUUUUUUGUAACAAGUAUUUUAUACAAACCAAAGAUUAGUUAUUAUAUUUUUUAUUAUUCACGCGCAAAUAAAAGGCUGUAUUGGAUU